AUGGCGUCCUUCCCCGGUUUGUGUAAGGCCGUCGGGCCAGUGUCGGAGGAGGAGAACGGAGACGUGGACGGGUCCCUGCUCCAGAUGCUUCAGGCCAUUUCCGACGAGCGGAGCCGCCUGAGCAGCCGCCAGGAGAUCAGCGGCAUCGGCUGCUUUAAGGACGACCGCAUCGUCUUCUGGACCUGGAUGUUCUCCACCUACUUCAUGGAGAAGUUGGCGCCGCGUCAGGACGACAUGUUGUUCUACGUCCGCAGGAAACUGGCCUACGUCAGCCCGGACGCCUCCGAGGGCAAGAAGGUGGAGGUGGAAGUCUACAGGAGAGACUCCAAGAAGCUUCCAGGACUCGGAGACCCCGACAUAGACUGGGAGGAGAGUGUCUACCUGAACCUGAUCCUGCAGAAGCUGGACUACGUGGUCACAUGUGCCGUCUGCACGCGCUCAGAUGGAGGAGACAUCCACAUCCACAAGAAGAAGUGUCAGGAAGUCUUUGCGUCCCCCAGUAAACACGCCAUGGACAGUAAAGGGGAGGAGUCUAAGAUGAGCUACCCCAACAUCUUCUUCAUGAUCGACAACUUCGAGGAGGUGUUCAGUGACAUGACGGUUGGGGAGGGGGAGAUGGUUUGUGUGGAGCUCGUCGCCAGCGACAAAACUAAAACGUUCCAGGGCGUCAUCUUCCAGGGCUCGAUCCGCUACGAGGCCCUGAAGAAGGUCUACGACAACCGGGUUAGCGUAGCGGCUAAGAUGGCUCAGAGAAUGUCCUUCGGUUUCUACAAGUACAACAACAUGGAGUUUGUGCGGAUGAAGGGGCCUCAGGGGAAGGGACACGCUGAGAUGGCCGUGAGCCGCGUCCCCACCGGGGACACGUCCCCCUGCGGCACCGAGGAAGACCCGGCGUCCCCCAUGCACGAGAGGGUGACGUCGUUCAGCACCCCCCCCACCCCCGAGAGGAACCGGCCCUCCUUCUUCUCGCCCUCCCUCAGACGCAAAGUUCCCAGGAACCGGAUCGCAGAGAUGAAGAAGUCUCACUCGGCCAACGACAGCGAGGAGUUCUUCAGGGAGGAGGAGGACGAGGACCUCCACACGACCACCAACCUUCGCUCCCGCUCGCUGUCGGGAACCGGACGCUCUCUGGUCGGAUCGUGGCUCAAACUGAACCGGGCUGAAGAUUAUUUCCUGCUCUACUCUCACCUGACCUACGUCACGCUGCCGCUGCAUCGCAUCACCACAGACAUCGUGGAGGUGAGGCAGAAGCCGAUCCUGAUGACAUAGCAGAGCCGGACUCCCUCAGACCAUCACCACAACCAAGUGCCUCCUGCAUCAGGCCACCGAGACCCCAGCGGCGCCCCCCGGUGUCCAGACGGAGGCGCUGCCUGUCCAUCCGUCCGUCCGUCCGUCCGUCUGUCAGAGAGACCAAGAACCAACCAGCCAUUCGAGAAGUGCCUCCUCUUCUGCUCCAGGUCGUCUCCACGGAAACGUGGACCACACGGACCUUUUGGCUGAACUCUGACCAGGAAGUCGAGGGAAGUGAAGAAUGUUUGUUUCCUGUAAAUAUUCUGCUGCUUUUUACUCACAGAGACGCCUUGACCCAAGGUUGAGCUUUUAAAAAGACACGUCCGUCUGUCCUGUCCCCGUCCCCCGUCCCCCGUCCCCGUCCCCGUCCCCUGUCCCCUGUCCCCGUCCCCGUCCCCCCGUCCCUGUCCCCCGUCCCCCGUCCCCGUCCCCGUCCCCCCGUCAGGUUUUAGAGCCGCUCUGUGUUUUAGUGUCGGGUCACAUCAGCUGUUUUUUCUUUCUUUCUUUCUUUCUUUGUUUUUGUAUUUUAAAACAGAAAACGAUCGACUAAUGAGUUCAUUUAUAGUCACAAUAAAAUAUGAAAAUAUUAACUUAUGUACAACUGUUCAUUUAUCUCAUGUCUCAUUUUAAAUUAGUCGUAGAAGCAGAAGAAUAAGAAGCUCAGUUUAUAACCAGUUUAGUCUGAAUUACUGAGAAAAAUCUGGUUUUAUUUGUUAGAAACACUAAAACACAGAAAUUACAAUAAAAAAAUGUAAAUUUACAAGAAAACUUUGUCAACGUUGUGAAUUUUAUUUUCACAAUUUAACAUUUAUAAAAGAAAAUGUCGGUGGUUUGGAAUUAAUUUAAAAAAUCUCAACUUUAUUCAAGUAAAAGAAAUAAUCUGAGUGAAAGUUCAUUCAUUUAAUAAAAACAAAUUCUUUCACAGUUUAAACGUCUGAGACAAUAAUUUAUUUAUAAAACUACAAAUGAUUCGAAUCAAAUGAACAAAAAAUUUAAAGUAUUUCACAAUUUAAUUCUAAAACAGAUUCAUUUAUUUUCACCAAGAAUCAUAAAAUGAAAACGUCUUGUUCACGUUUAGUUUUGUUCUCAGAUAUUUUCCGUGUGAUAUCGAACAGGAAACAGUUUUAAUUCAUUUAUUGACUUCCUGUCGUUUCCAGACGUGAAAAUAAAAAGUGAGGAUGAUUUUAAAGGGAAUCAGGUUUAAAUCUUAAGUCUCAUCUGAAACAUCCGUUUAAAAGAGAAAGACUUUGUUUUUAUGCAUUAAUUUAUCAUCAUAUAAAAAGUUUCUGAUGUUUAAUUUAACUAAUGUGACGACAAGAGUUUUUUUUUUUAUUUUGCUUUGACUCGAGGUUAAAUAUUUGUUUUUUAUUGUGUUUUAUUGUGAUUAGUUUUUAUUUCCUGAGCUGAUUCUUAUUGGAUGGAACAAAUAUGAAAGUAUUUUAUUUCUGGACGAGUCGUUUAAAGUUGCUCUGAAGAACCUGGAGGAUAUUUUCUGGUUGAAGCCGUCGUCGAUCAAAGUGUUUUUCUAUUCUCGGUGUUUCUAUCUCCAGUCGAAUGUAUCAGCUGAUUCCUGUGAACCUCACGCUUUGUUAUUGUGCAUGUUCUUCCUUCUGUUGCUCACUCUCACUCUCUGUACAUUUAUUUAUUCAAAUACACGUUAGCAGGAAACUUUAAAA